UAUAACAUUUUACUUCCUUCCACACAGACCGAACAAACCGAGAAAGAAGACGUCGCUAAGUUUUAAAUGUUCGCCCAAACAGUCGCGCUCUGAGCUCGCCUUUCGUUCACAUUUCGUCGUAGAAUUCGCGGCAUGUGGCGAAUGCUGUCCGACGCCUGAAGAAUCGUUGAGAACCGUAGACCGCACCGCGUAGGCCUCCGAAGAAAGUUUGGUCGCGGGCCUGUAAACAACAUGUCCUCCGCCUCGCAGUCUUCCUCUAGACGGCAAUGGUGCUACCUCUGCGAUCUGCCCAAGAUGCCCUGGGCCAUGCUGUGGGAGUUCAGCGAGGCCGUGUGCCGGGGCUGCGUCAACUACGACGGCGCGGACCGAAUAGAGCUCCUCAUUGAGACUGCCAGGCAGCUGAAGAGCACGCACGGAGUUUUAGACGGCAGGUCCCCCGGUCCGCAGCAGGGCAAGCCCAGCUCCUCCGGGCCCAUGGAGUCGGGGCGGCAGCACGGGGAGCGUGUAGACAGGGGGAGGGGUGAGUAUGGGGUGUCCUCUCGCCUCCCCAACGGCCUGCACAGAGCUGAAGAUGUGGGCUUGUCAGAGGGCAGCCGGCAGAGCCCCAACACCCGCCGGGCCAUAGCUGGGGCAGUCCCCGGGCUGCAUGGCACCAUAUCCCAUGCACUGAUAGCCCAGGGGCUGGUGGCGGCCCCUCAUGGGCUCUUAGCCCCACUAUCAGGCUCCAGAGCGGGGGCCACACCUAUUGCAGUCUCAGCUGGGCCCAUCAUGGGUGAUGCUGGCAGAAGACAGGCCGUGUCCCUGGGUGUGGGGGCCAGCACCUCUGCUCUGGUGGGUAUAGACCCUGCAGUGUGGAGGACCAAUGAAGUGAUGGCUGAACUGAACGAGGUGGCUCGGAGCAGGGUCGAAGGCUGGCCAAACCGUCCCAAAGCGGUGCGGGACGUACUCGUGGCUCUCAGCAGCUGCGUCCCCUUUAAUGUCCGCUUCAGGAAAGACCAUAAUCUCAUGGGUCGCGUUCUGGCCUUCGAUGCCAGCUCAACUCCAGAGUUCGAGCUGAAGGUGUUUGUGGAGUAUCCUGCUGGCUCUGGAAUGAUCUUCGCUGGAGUCCCAGACCUGGUCAGGCAGAUGUUCCGCGACUCAGCCAAAGAUGCAGGUAAAGCAGUGAACUCUGGGCUCCGCUAUGUGGAAUAUGAGAAGCGGCAAGGCACAGGAGACUGGCGCGGGCUGUCCGAGCUGCUGAAUGAUGGUGUGCGUAUGUUUAAAGAGCCUCCAAUCCCAGAGGUGCUGCCACAGCCAGAUGCAGUGUUGCCUUUGGCAGCUGCUGGACGUCCUGGACCAGCGAAAGGGACAACCAGGCGUCGCAAGGCUUCUCCGGGCUCUGAGAAUGGAGAAAGCGAAGGGAGGCCGGAUCAUCCUGCAAGGGAGCCCUGGCCCCGAGGUGCUUACUCAGGCAUGGAGCCUCUUCCUGGCAUGGCUGCACCUCAAGAGGGCCCACCCCGUCUCCACAGCCAGCCGUCACCCAUCUCUGCCCUCAUGGGGGUCGCCGACAGCCUGAGUUCCAGUCAGAUGGCCAGAGAUAGCCCCAGCAUGUCCACAGCCCACUCUUCCUCAGCCGGGCGUCCCACCAGCAGCAGCCCCUCCACUGCCUCCACCUCAGUCUCCCAGGCAGCCAUGGGGCAGGGCUUGAGUGCGAUUGGGCCGAGCAGCAACGCCAGCGCUGGGGAGUCUACAAGCGGUGCUCAGGGCGCCCUGCUCUGCUGCACCCUCUGCAGAGAGCGCCUGGAGGACACUCACUUUGUCCAGUGUCCAUCUGUCCCACACCACAAGUUCUGCUUCCCCUGUACCAGAGGAUUCAUCCGAAGCCAAGGUCAAGGAGGAGAGGUGUACUGCCCCAGCGGAGAGCGCUGCCCCUUGGCUGGAUCCACCGUGCCUUGGGCCUUCAUGCAGGGAGAGAUCUCCACCAUCCUGGCUGGAGACGGAGAUGUGACAGUAAAGAAGGAGAACGACCCUUGACGUCUCCAUCCUGUGGUGGUGAAUGGUAAGACGUGGAUCAAACACUUUGAAAGCACUUCCCUAUUAUCUCAAGCAGAGGUCCACUUUGGCUGCAGUUCAUCGUGUGCCUCCAAGAACAGAAUAACUCUGAACCCCUGGAGGACAACUACACAAAGUCCGGUAACUAAAGACACAAACAAGACUCACAAGGAGAGGAACGGGUCUGCGUGUUGGGGCUCGGCUGCCGAGCGCUGAGCCCCGACCGGGUCUGCCUCGGUCCAGCACGGCAGAGGCCUCGUUUCAAACAGCCCAGGAUUUUGAAAGCACACGCUUGUUUUUAAGAACGACAAUCUCAUUUGUCUUUUAUUUGUGUUUUUGUUCUCAAUGUCACAUCCUGUCCUACCAAGAUGCAGGACGUCGAUACUGAUAGAUGGUCUGACAGAAACAUGCAAUCCUUCAAAAACCGAAUGUUCAAAAAUGUGGAAAAAACCAUUGGGUCCUUAAAGCCAAGGAGCGAAAAAUGUAACCCCACGGUCUGUCUCUUAGGUAUUCUCCUUAUAUUGUAUGUCAAAAAUGUGAAUUUACUUUCAAUAUGGCUAUGUAAUUUCUAUUUUUGAUACAAUACAAAUUUAUAUGUAUUUGUUUAUAGUGAUAAGAAGACCAAAGAUGGCUUCAUGCUCAAUGUAAUUUUAUUGUAUUGUAGCUGUGUAUGCUGUAUUCACCGAUAACCUUGGCAUCAGUCACUAAUUAGUUCAUCUAUCACAGAGGUAAGCUUGUUUUGUCUAUUUACUUUUUGAAUUAUAUGUAUGGUAAGAUAAUUAGCAUCACAAUCUUCAAUGGUUAACCCACAUACUGGUGUGAUCUCUACAGGUCAAUUCUACAAUAAAAUUAAAACGAGAAAACA